GUAGCCGACAACCGCCGGCGCGGCAUAUUUAAGUUUUUGUUUCACAGUGCUUUUCCGGAGAGAUUAAAUUAGUAAAUUAUUCUAUUUAACUGCUUUUGUUGUCUUUUUGCAUAUUGUGUUAUUAUCUAAAAAUGGACUGUGUGGAUUUUCCAAAAGUUCUUCCGAAUUCACCAAUGAAAACACGGGGACAGAUUCAGGUCAUCUUUGGACCGAUGUUUUCCGGCAAAAGUACUGAACUGAUGCGAAGAGUCCGCCGUUUCCAAGUAGCCCAGUACAACUGCAUGGUGAUCAAAUAUGCCAAGGACACACGUUAUUCUGACACAGGCAUGGCCACACAUGACAAGAACACAAUGGAAGCUGUUCCAGCCAGUCGUCUGGGAGAUGUGCGGCCUCUAGCAUUGCAAGCCUGUGUCAUUGGAAUUGAUGAGGGACAGUUUUUUCCAGACACAGUGGAGUUUUGUGAGGAGAUGGCCAAUUUAGGGAAGACAGUCAUUGUAGCUGCCUUGGAUGGAACCUUCCAGAGAAAGCCAUUUGGAAACAUCCUGAACCUCGUCCCUCUGGCAGAGAGUGUAGUGAAGCUACACGCCGUGUGCAUGCAGUGUUACAAAGACGCUGCCUACACCAAGAGAAUAGGAGCAGAGCAGGAGGUGGAAGUGAUCGGCGGAGCGGACAAGUAUCAGGCGGUGUGUAGAAAGUGUUAUGGAGGUCUGCUGAUGGACAAAGAGAACAGUGCUCCUUUGAGGAAUGAAACUCCACAACAUGCAACGGCAGGAAAACUCGUGGACUCUGGGAUUCCCAGAAAGCUUUUCGCCUCUCUCCACCUCUGAAGAAGACUUGCUGCAAAAGUUGACCAGAGAGUAGAAUUCCAAAAGGCAAACAGUUCUUUUGUGUGUGGGUGUCAGUGUUGAGCCUUUGUGUUUGGUGUGCAAUAGGUGUGAUGUAUUAUUCUAUUUUUAAAAGUUUUUACUUGAUAGUUAUGGCAGUGUCCUUGUUAAUAACCCAGAAAAUUACAACACAAUUAAUAACUCACUGCCAUAGGUUUCACUGCAUUAUCCAUCUGUAUUAUCUUGUCAAAUAUUUAGGUUUUAAACUAUUUUUUUAAUGAGGAAAAUGGAUUGUCUGCCACUAUUCACUAUGGAGACUCAUGUUUCACUAUCUACAGCAGGUCAGGAGUGGUGUUGAGUAAAAUUUAUGGUUUGAAAACAGAA